ACUGCGUUACCCAGUAAUGCGCUGAGCGGGGACUGGGGGGGCGGAGGGGGGGAGCCGAGCGAGCGAGCCAGGGAGCGAGCGAGGGAGCGAGAGAGGAGCGAGCGCGAGCGGCCGCGGAGGCUCGGGACCCGGCUGGCCGCGCGGCGCCGCAGCCGCCCCCUCCCCCACACCGCCCCCCCACCCCCCCGCGGCGGCGCGAGCGGGCGGCGGCCGUGCGGUGCGGUGCAGAGCGGAGGCGGAGGCGGGCGCGCGGGCAGCUCGCGGGCACCCGGCCGGCGGGCGCGGGAGCUGGAAAGGGUGCGCUAUGCCUUUAACGCCCGCGUACAGUAGACAUGUAUAGUGGAGUGUAGGGAAACUCUAGGCGGGGUUAAAGUUCAGCUCAUGGAGCGGCAAUAGCGCUGGCUGGCUGCAGUUGAGCCGAGUUGGAAAUGUGAACGCAAGAAGCAGGCUUGAUUUUUUUUUCUCCCCCCUUCUCUCUCUCUCCUCCUCUCUCCCUCUUUCUCCUUUCUCACCCGCACUCACGCACACCUCCAAACCGCACACCCAGACGCACACGCACACCCCACCGCCGGGCAGUGAUGUAUUCUCCGCUCUGUCUCACCCAGGAUGAAUUUCAUCCUUUCAUCGAAGCACUUCUGCCCCACGUCCGAGCCUUCGCCUACACAUGGUUCAACCUGCAGGCCCGAAAACGAAAAUACUUCAAAAAACAUGAAAAGCGUAUGUCAAAAGAAGAAGAGAGAGCCGUGAAGGAUGAGUUGCUAAGUGAAAAACCAGAGGUCAAGCAGAAGUGGGCAUCUCGACUUCUGGCCAAGUUGCGGAAAGAUAUCCGACCUGAGUACCGAGAGGAUUUUGUUCUUACAGUCACAGGGAAAAAGCCUCCGUGUUGUGUUCUUUCCAACCCAGACCAGAAAGGCAAGAUGCGAAGAAUUGACUGCCUCCGCCAGGCAGAUAAAGUCUGGAGGUUGGACCUUGUUAUGGUGAUUUUAUUUAAAGGUAUUCCGCUUGAAAGUACUGAUGGCGAGCGCCUUGUAAAGUCCCCGCAGUGCUCUAAUCCAGGGCUCUGUGUCCAGCCCCAUCACAUAGGGGUUUCUGUUAAGGAACUCGAUUUAUAUUUGGCAUACUUUGUGCAUGCAGCAGAUUCAAGUCAAUCUGAAAGUCCCAGCCAGCCAAGUGACGCUGACAUUAAGGACCAGCCAGAAAAUGGACAUUUGGGCUUCCAGGACAGUUUUGUCACAUCAGGGGUUUUUAGUGUGACUGAGCUAGUAAGAGUGUCACAGACACCAAUAGCUGCAGGAACUGGCCCAAAUUUUUCUCUCUCAGAUUUAGAAAGUUCUUCAUACUACAGCAUGAGUCCGGGAGCCAUGAGGAGGUCUUUACCCAGCACAUCCUCUACCAGCUCCACAAAGCGCCUCAAGUCUGUGGAGGAUGAAAUGGACAGUCCUGGUGAAGAGCCAUUUUACACAGGCCAAGGGCGCUCCCCGGGGAGCGGAAGUCAGUCCAGCGGGUGGCAUGAAGUGGAGCCAGGAAUGCCAUCUCCAACCACACUGAAGAAGUCGGAGAAGUCUGGUUUCAGCAGCCCCUCCCCUUCGCAGACCUCCUCCCUGGGAACGGCAUUCACACAGCAUCACCGACCUGUCAUUACAGGACCCAGAGAAUUCAAGAUGGUUCCCAGCAUCCUCAGUUCUCCUUUCUGGGAAAUCUACUCAGCAAGUCCACAUGCGACACCAUCAACUCUUCAUUUUCCAACAUCACCCAUCAUCCAGCAGCCUGGGCCUUACUUCUCCCACCCAGCCAUCCGCUAUCACCCUCAGGAGACGCUGAAAGAGUUUGUCCAACUUGUCUGCCCUGAUGCUGGUCAGCAGGCUGGACAGGUGGGGUUCCUCAAUCCCAACGGGAGUAGCCAAGGCAAAGUGCACAACCCAUUCCUCCCCACCCCCAUGUUGCCACCGCCGCCGCCACCACCGAUGGCCAGGCCUGUGCCUCUGCCGGUGCCAGACACAAAGCCUCCGACCACGUCCGCGGAAGGAGGUGCAGCGUCCCCCACCUCACCAACCUACUCGACACCCAGCACCUCCCCCGCAAACCGAUUCGUCAGUGUUGGACCACGGGAUCCAAGCUUUGUAAAUAUCCCUCAACAGACACAGUCCUGGUACCUGGGAUAAAAGUCGCAGCGUCCCACCAUCCACCAGACAGACCACCUGACCCCUUCUCAACUCUGUAACAUGGACGCAUCCUCAACCCAGCGCAGUUACAACUUCACUGUCACUGGAAGGGGAGAAUCAAAUCAACUUGUACAUGGAAACAGCGAGCAUUAUGGUCCAACAGCAAAGGCCAUAACCUUUUGGGAUUUUUUUUUUAAUACUUUAGGGACUGUUGUAAUUUUCUCAUAUGGUGCUGGAAAUGGUUGGGCUUUGUAACAUUUGAAGUGUUUUCCGUGGUAGCGUGAGCAUUAGGCGAUGCGGCUGGAGAAGGUCUACCCUUGCUCACUGACUUCCCAUUGUGACACACUUUCUUUACGGAGCCUGGCUGUUUCACAGUAUUUCAUGAAUUUACCCACACAGGUGUGAGCCUCCUUGAGCAGUCAGGAGACACAUGGAGAACUAAGUCUUUUGUAGUAGCUGAGAUCUGCAAUAUAUAACUUACGGGACAGUCAAAGGGCAAUGUUUUUCUGUAACAUAUUGGAAAAAGAAAACGCAGUUAUGUUCCUUUUUUAUUUUUUCUUUUAGUUCGGUUUGGUUCAGCAGUCAGCAGUUAACUAGAUAACAUGGCCCGGAAGGACAGUGAAUCCACUCACGUUGCAGAAUAAUUCCGAAAAUGGCAAACUACUACUACUACUAUUCAGUUUUUUAAAAGUUUUGAAAUGCUGCACUUACAUUUAAAAAAAAAAAAAAAAACAUUUUUUCAACAAUUUCAACAAUGACACACAAAUUCACAUGGAAAUGGGGAAGAUGGUCUGUUUUGACAGAAACUGACAGGAAUCAAUCAAAACAAUCGAAUUUUGAAUUGAGUAAAGUGCAAUUUCAUUGGAUAGCUAAAUAUCUUUGUAAGAUAGAGAUUGUUGAAAAUUCUAUUUUUGUUUUUCAAGUCCUUCCACCCCAGGACUCUAAAUUAUUGGGGUAAAAAACAGCCUUGCAAGAAAAAGGGGAGCUAUUUUUGCUUUUUAUGUUUUUUAUUGUUAAACUUGUAUCCCUUUAAAAACUGAAGGAAAAUUUUAAAAAAAACAAAAAAACAAAUCUAAUGGUGCUUUUACCACAAUAUGUUAACUACAUUAAAUGCUAAUUAAUUAUUUUCUGUUAUCAAAGCACAUAACUAAAAUGAAAUCAUGGUAUCUGUUAAUUUUAUAAGCUAGAAGUCACUAUAAUGGAUUAUGCCAAUUCUGAAAAUUUUUACAUGUAUCAGGCAACAUAGGAUUUAUCAGUUAUCAGACACUUCAUUGUUCCAGAGAUUGUCCAGAAAUUUUAAAGACCUUUGCGCCCCUGAACUGGGCUAUGGGAAAAUAAUAUUAAUAAUAAUAAUGAAACCAAUACUGACACAAAUGCUGGUGCCCAUUCAGAUCAAGGGUACUUGUUAGGGAAAAAAAAAAAGUUUGCACCCCCAAAUGUCCUGUAUCUUAUGUAAAGAAAAAAAACCACAAAAAACAAACAAAAAAAUAACAAAAAAAAGUGCAAGUGAUUUUUCUACCAGACAGCGAAGCACCCCUUUGCUUCCCAUGCAACUUCAAGAAGGUUUCCUAUACUAUACAUAUAUAUACGUUCUGGUUGGCAAGCCCUGCUGAUCAGAGAAAGUCUCUGCAUGUUCUAGUGUUAGUAACUAAUUUUUAUAUAGCUAAUGUAGGAUAAAGUAGAGUGCAUUAAGACACAAUAUUGUAAUCCCUACUCUAGGCACUUGCCUUUAAACUAUGUUUUUCAGCCCUUCAGAAGGGUUCUACUACUGUCCUAUACAAUCAAGUAACUGAAAUUCUUGGGAAGACACUUUGCUCCUCAUCUUUCCCCCCCGAAACAAUGUUGUUUUGUUUUGUUUUUUUUCCUUAAUUUGCACGAAAACAAAAAUUCCAUAUCAAUGUGCCUUGCCCUGGAUAGCGAUUAUUUGUGGAAUUGUUGCACAUGCUCCUCUAUUGAAAGGGGUUUUUCCCUAGUCAAGCGUUUGGAGACACUUUUUGUAAAUGUGACUUUUACGUCAGCCAUUGUCAGUUUCAACAUCUAGAACUAAAUAGAGAGUUAGUUGUUCCGCAGAUAGGAGUAGUCUUUUUUGUCCUCUGUGGUCAGUGGCAGUGCUAUUCUGAGAUCUGUAGAUGCUUAGAAUAUCAGUAUUUUGGAUGUUGCUGCAUUUUACAAUUUAUUUGGAGUCUUCCUUUAUUCCCCUCCCUGCCCCAGAUCUAUGAAAAUAUGCAAUACCUGCUUAUAUCGUGUAGAAAAGCUUAGCUAUGAUUAAUUUUUCUUUUAUUUUUUUUUAUUUGACCAAAGUCGGUGCUGCACUUGACGCAGUGUGUUUUAGGUGUCUGUCUUUGUACUUUAUUUGUGAUUUUUGAAUGCACGUGCGCAGGAAGGGCUCCUCUUAGAGAAGCAGUCAAACUGUGAAGCACUAAGCUGACCCUGCUUCAAGCAAUUUUGUUUUUACAACUGUUCCUUUCACAAGCAAGCCUUAAAAAAAAAAAAGACAACUUCCCUUUUCUUCAGCUCCCACACCCCAUUUUUCUUAGCAGACUGCAGUCAAUCCACAUUCAAUACAAAGUAUAUAAUGCCCAUUUUUAUAUGCACGUUUUUAAACUUCCAAGUUCUGAAAAUUGUUUACUGGUUAUCUCUAUUUAAGGAAAAAAAAAAUAAAAUAAAACAUUUUGGAUUUUCAUAUGUGUCUGAUAAGUGGUUGAAUAGUCGUUUGGCGCUGUUGUAUGGUGUGAUUGUCAGUAUAUGGUGUCACUUCCUCUAGCCAGCCAGCAUACUUUGCCUUCCCCUAUAGCACUUAGCUGGGCAUUACUUUAUUAUGACAUAUGUGCACUAAAAAAAAAAAAAAAAAAAAAAAAAAAGAAAAAAAAAUAGCAGCUUUCAGUGCUUCACAGUGAAGGGAAAAAAGCCUAGACAAACAUUUUGUCAGAACCUUGCGAUAAGCCAAGGUAUUACCAGUAAAUUGGUUGUAUAUACAAUAAAAUUGCACCCUUUUUUUAAAACAAAACAAACUAAGCAAUAGUUUGGGCAGUUUUAGUUGUUUUUAGUGAGCAUGUUGUAGUCAUGACUGCAAAGAGAGAGAUUAACUGCCCACUCAGAAGAUAUGUAAUUUGUAUUGUUGUAUAGUUUUAUUGAUUACACUGAUUUAUUCUACCCUAUUUUAUAAUGCAGGACUUUUGUAAUGUUGUUUAAAUGAGGAAAAAUUUCUGUCAAAUUAGCCUAGUGAAAUUUCUGAUUGUUCAUUAUAAAGGCAGCGUUCAUAGAAUGGCUUUUCUUUCUUUCCUGCCCCCCCUCCCUUUGGGAACUGGAUUUAAGUUUAAAACUUUCCUGUUUCCUUUUUUUUUUUUUUGUAAGUAUUUAAAUACAGUUAUUUUUUUUUCUCUCUCAAUGGUAUAGCAUAUUCCUAUGCUUGAGAAGUAUAGGUCUACUGAAAAACCAUUGUAAAUGGACGUUACAGGUAUGCUGUAUUUUUGAAGGUAUUUUGUUGUAUUAAGUUUGAUGAAGCUAAAAUUAGGGAACUCUGAACAGAUUUGCAGGAAAAAAAUGUUUUAAAGGCUUUAAAACAUUAGGGAGGCAGUCUAGGGUGAUAACGAACGGGGUUAAGUAUUAAACACACUAAGUUAUAUUUUUGUUCAUGUUUCAUUGUCCAGAAAGCAGCAGGAAACUGUAGUUCAGUUGUGAUCAAGCAGGAAAAAAGAAACACCAACAAUAUGAGUGUUUAACCUUUUUAGACUCAAAGUCAAGCGAAGAUUUUUGAGGAAGACUUUGCUACCUGGGGUGUGUAGACUGACAGACUGAGGGCCAUCCGUGUUUGAAGGCCCAGCCCUUGAUUCUGAGACCCAUUUGAACUUUUUCUCUCCCGUCAAAUGGCAUUAACAAUAUUGGCAAAGAUAAGUCCCUCAAAUAACUCUCCAUUUUCUUCUUUGGGAACUGAAGUCAGAGGCACAAACACUAAAUCAUAUCAUUUUUCUGUAUGCUUUUUUUUUUCUGGCCCGUCCCCUUGCCACUAAAACGCUCCUUGUCUGAUUAUUCAUGGGCAGAGGACCUCUUUCCAAUGCCGCUCUAUCCAUCCCACAGUCUUUUUCUUUCCUUUGAGGUUUGAACUAACUUUUCUGUUUCUUCACACCCUGGCAUGACAGUUAUUGUGUCAGCCCCUCCCUACCCCACAGUCAGGCGUGGGCUACGGGCAAGCCAAGGCACACUUCCCAAAGCUUAUAUUCUUCAUACUCUGACCGGUGAAGUGUAAAGGAACCCAGACUUCCCAGAGUCACAGUAUUCAGGCAGCCCAUCAGAAGAUGCAAAACCCAUCUCAAAAAGUUUGUCUUUCACUUUUCAAACCCUUAUCCUCAUAGGCUUUGAACUCUGUAGUUACAGUGUCAUAAAGUAUUUAUGAAAUCUGGAUUAAGAAAAAAUUUUUUUUCCUUGUGAUUGUUUUUUCUGGGGGGAGGGAGUUUCUAAGAAUGUCAUUUAAUGUACUUGGCAUCAUAUCUGUUUGUCCAUAGUGGUGGUGGUCUCUCUCUCUCUCUCUCAUUCUCUCAUUCUCUUUCUCUCUUUCUUUCUUUCUUUUUUUCUUUUUUUCCUGGUAGCAGGCCUCCAUAGAACAAAUUUAAAACACAACUGGCAUGGUAAUGUACAGAGAGCUUCAGUGGCACCUCACCACCCACCCUCCGAGAUCUGUCCUAAGACAUGAGACAGUCUCAGAAAGCUGCACUGCCCCCCAGCACAGCUUUCAUUCAAAUCAGCUUCCAAGGCCAAUUUCGUCCUGAAGUCAAUGCAUGUAUUUACUGUUUGACAGUAAACCCGCUCUGCCUUCUCCACGUCCAAGGCUGUGCAUUCGUCUAAUUAGUGUCGUGUAUGUUUUCCUUUUAUUUUUUCCAAUAAAAAAGCAGUGGGAUGAAAAUUGCUUUGAUAUAUAGCAGGUAACAUUGAAGCUAUUCCAUAGCACUUAACUGUAGUGAAUACUGUGUCACCAAUUCUGAAAUCAAUUUAAUGUUUAAUGCAAAUCCAUUACAUGGUGCUAUUACAGGCUGACAAAAUGAUUUACACAAAUGUGACAACUUGGGCUCAAUUCACUCUGCUUUCCAACAGUGUAAAUGCAUAGCAGUGUUUAUCUGCAUGAGAACUAUGCACUAAUCUAUCUGAAGAAAAACUAUAUCAACUUUGGUAUCUACUUUCCGUUUACUUCAAUCCUUGCCUUUUUGGUCAUUGUUAUAAUGCCAGCUUUAGGACAGAAAGAAUUAUAAGAAAACCAGCAUAAUACCUGAUAUAUUAAAAUGUAGUGCCUGUGAAAUCUGUAUUAUAUUGCUCUUCUGAAGUAAGAUUUUUCUACACCGGUAGCCUUCGCUGUCUGUCAGUCAGGACCUUCUGGUAUAGGUGAUGUAAAAUAACCGUACAAUAUUAAUGCAUGCUAUUCCAUAAUGCUUAGUGAACUGUAUGAAUAUUACUCAAAAUUAUGUUAGUCUUUUUUUCUGACUUGGUUCUUGUCAGCUAGGUUUAAAGGUAUUUCACUGAGAAUGCAAAUUCUGUCUUUUCUUGAUUUCGGCUGUUUUCAGUAUUUUGGAGGUAUACAUUUACUUAAUUCAGUAUUACUUGUGUUUUUGUUUUCGUUUUUGUUUUUUGUUUUCUUUUUCCUAGGGGACAAGCAUGGGUGUUUGAUUUCAGAAAUCAGUCCCUGGCAAGACUUUUGUCUCAAAACGACCAUUUGAAUUUCAAGAACUCUGCUCUGAAGACACUGAGGACAUUUCCAAAUGAGGGACAUUUUCCUUCACCCUCGACUGAGGCUUUGCUGAUCCUGAAGCGUUUUCUUAAUGGACAAUGUUCAGCCAGGUACCCAUGCUUGAUCCGUCUUCACACCAGACUUCCUCAUAUUAAAAGAAAAAAAAAAAAAAAAGAAAAAAAAAUCUUUAUGAGAUCACGUGGCUAUUUAGUUUCAUGCACAGUUGCAAUAUUUUCUUCAAAAAUAAAACUCUGUACAAACUUUGGGCCCGAUUCAUAAGAAAAAGAAAUUGGCUAUUAACACGGGAUUUUAAGAAUAUAACUAUUUUUUUUUUUUUGGUCUAAAUUUGAAAUGACUUGCUUCCCAAAUGAAAUGUUUCAUCUCAUUUUUUUUUUUUCCUAAGCCAGCACUGAUCUGCCUUUUAUGCCCCAAAGGGUUACAUAAUCAAAUUAGGCGGCCGGGGAAAUGGGGAGCAGAUACCAGAAAUGCUCAGAAAGAUGAGGAGGACCACCUGCCCUUGAGCAUGGUAACGGGGGAGGCAGCAGCACGUGGGGGUCAGGACCUUGCCUGUGUGCCAGGCAUCAUGAAUUUCCACUUGUGGACUCCUGAUGCUAUUUACUUUAAAAAACACAAUUUCCGAAGUACGUCUGGACCACAAGCAUAUAUGGUGGAAGUGCCACCUCUAAUCCAACCAGAGCACCUUCAGGGUGGAAAAUACUCCCCAGGGUGUGCGAUGUGAACUUGUGUCUCUCCACGGUGGUUUCAAGGACAAAUGGUGUCCAAAGAAUGGGGCUAUUUUUCCUGCUGUUUUUAUGCUCAGCUUCUUAAAAUAACACAAGCUUUCUUCCCUUUUUGAUUCUAUUUGUGUUACUCUUAUUUUGUUAAUUUUUUUUAGUAAUAGUCUAUAAUUUAGCACUUUUUUUUUUUUCAAACAUCUCAACCGAAGGCCACAAGGCCACUGGCUACGUUGGGAUGGAGGCUUGAGAGAGCUGCCCUUUCUCCCUGGUCUCCGACUGCCUUUCUGCACUGCAAAGGCAUUUCGUAGCAUCACCACUGAGGUACUAGCUAGACCCAGAGCUGGAGCUUUAUCAGAUUCUAGGAGGUCCUUAAGGAAGACUUUCAAAGGCAAAUACACGACCCCCUCCCCUACUGCCCUGACCUUUUACCAGAACAAAGUUCACCGGGGGCUUUUCCCACCACCCUUGGAAAUCUGUCUGCUCAAGAUACCUCGGUUUUUUUUUUUCAUUUCAAAUUGUGCAGGGAGGGGAUUAAACACUUCCAGUGAUGAGAGAGCUGUUGUGACACUAAACACCCCCGUGUUAAUAAGUUGGCUUGACAUUUGUUUUUUAUGAGCCGGGCCCCCCUGUGCCUCUAGUGUACUUGUAUUGACUCUCAUAGUUACCCUUUUAGUUUGACUGUGUUCUGUGAAAAUUUGUAAUUGGUUGAGAAUCACUGUGGGCGUCCAUUCUUAUUCAACUAAAUCUCCACAGGUUUUUUGAGCUGGUGUGGAUUAGUUUAACUCUUGUAUUCAACCAUUAGUGCUACCACCUUCUCACAUUACAAUACAAUUACUGGAAGCAAGUACUGCAUUUCCUAUGCAACAAAAAAGGAAAAUAAAAAAUUGCUAAUGCUA